UUUAUUAAUUGAUUCGAAACAAAAGAGAGAAGAGUCGAGUCGAGACGAGUCGACUCAGUCGAGUGGGUUCCUUCAUUGGCUUCCUUCUUCUUCUUCUCCUCCGCUAAAAUCUACAUGCCUCCCAUUCUCACCUCUCUCAUCAUCGUCUUCUUCUACUGUAACUGAAGUGGCUUAGCAUCAAGGCUAGUUGUUGUUGCUUUUGCUGCUCAGCUUACUUUAGGAUGCCCUUGUUAAAAAGAAAACCUUAUUCAUUGGCAGAAACGCCUGAGGAUCUUGAACCAAAUGAGCUCAUAUUCCAAGUUCGUUUUACAAAAGAGAUAUUCACUGAUUAUAAUGAGUACUUGAACAAGAUUAAUCUAUACCGUCGAAGAGUUUGGACGUGCAAGGUCACUGGGAAGACUAACUUGACUUAUGAAGAAGCUUUGGUUUCAGAAAAACGUGCUAAUGAGAAGGUGCAACAGUUCCCUAAAGAAAUUGUGGUACCUGCACUGCGAAUCAUCCAAUACAGUAUGCUUUCAAUGAGAGAGCUUGCUCAAACCUUAGCUGCAAAGUUGCAAGACAAUGUCUUUGUGGGUGCUGAACUGUAUGCAAGGAAGGAUAAUAAUAAUAACGAAUAUUUAUGCAGAGUUUUGAAAAUUAUGGAGGAAGGUGAUGCAGUUAGAUAUAGGGUAGCAUGGCUCGAUGGGGACAAGAAAGUUGUUGGGAAUUCAACUUUGGAUAAAAAAGAUUUGAUACAAAAGAAGCUGCCUUUUACUAGAGAUGUUUGGAAAUCGUUUAUUCGGGAAUCAACAUACAGAAAUGCUCCUUGGGUUCUUCACGAGAAACUGGCACAAAAACAUGGAAUCUCAACUGCAAUUCCUGAGGAGUUGAGAGGCAAAUUUUUCUUGCAGAACGGGCUAGUAGUAGCGUACAAUAAGAAACGAAAGAAUAUUGAGGAUGUAGGCGAUCAGCCAAGUGUGGAACCUAUCAAAUAUCCAAUCGAUGACCUGUUGGUGCAGCCCGGCGAGGAUGAUCCAGUCUUUACUGAUCGACCCGUUCCAUCAAGGGACUUCAAUGUUCCCAUGGAAUGUGUUGGAGAUCUCUUAUUAAUCUGGGACUUUUGUUCAUCUUUUGGUCGGUUGUUGCACUUGUCCCCUUACUCUCUUGAAGAUUUUGAAAAUGCUAUCUGUCACAAGGAAAGCAAUGCCGUUCUUCUUGUGGAAACUCACGCUGCUCUUCUGCGGUUGCUUAUGAACGAUGGUACUGGCAAGUAUUUAAUGGCAAUAAGGAAACGAAAUCGGACUUGCAAGAUUACAUUAAUAACCUGGACAGAGUAUUUGUGUGAUAUGUUAGAGAUGAUUGACAUUCCUGAAUUAGUUAGUUGCACAUCAACUAUUAAAAGGGGGCAUUAUGGCCUUUUAGAUACUUGUUUAAAAUUAGGAAUUCUUCGGGAAUUGAUCGAUCAGGUGGUUGAGACAUGUAUUUUUAGAGAGACAAUGGAUGAGUUUGUUGAACAAAGGCAUCUUUUAGGGGCUUCCAAAAGGGAGGAAGCUUUGGAAGAAGGGAGAAAGAUAAGAGAAGCGAAAGGACAAUUGAAAACCGAGCCAGAUGUCAAUGGAGUGACAAAUUCAGAGUGUGUAGAAAACACGUCAGCUAAUGGUUUUCACACAAAGCAGUACGGGAACAAAGUUAAGAAAAUAAAGGGUGAGGACUCUCCAUCGGAACAUGAACAGGAUGAUGCACAGGGCAAGAGUGAGAGCAAGAAAUUAGAUACCUCAUCGAAGAAGAUGGCCAAGAAACUUAAUGUGGAUGUGAAUACACCAACAGAAAACGGCAAAGACUCUAUUAAGAAGGAACCAAUGAAACAGUUGGAGAAUGGCCAAAAAGGAGCUGUGAAAAGAAAUAUACAACAAAGAAGAAUGUAUUAUGAGCGGGAGAUGGAGAAACGGAUUAUACGCACCAGCCCUUUGGGUAAAGACAAAGAUUAUAAUAGGUAUUGGUGGUUUCGACGUGAAGAGAGAAUAUUUGUGGAGAGUUCUGAUUCCAAGGAGUGGGGAUACUACAGUAGCAAGGAUGAGCUUGAUGCAUUGAUGGGUUCUCUAAACUGCAAGGGCGAGAGAGAGUGUGCGCUAAAAAAGCAUCUCGAUCAUCUUUACGUGAAAAUAAGUACCCAACUGCAAGAGAAAACAAAGGACCUGAUGCACAGCAUGGCAUUGGAAGAGGCUGUUGUGCGAAGAUCCACACGCGUACGAGCUCCGCCAAGGGAAAACCGAGCUAAUGCCUUCACAAGGUAUGUUAACAAAUGGAAGGAAGAGUGAGUGAGUGAGUGAGUGAGUGUGGGAAAUAGCACUUGGGAAGAGUGGUGGAUAUGUUAGGCAUAAAUAAUGACAUUAAGUAACAGCAGCGAUUGGAUAUAUGGAAAGGAAAGGAAAGGAAAUUAGACAAUGCAAUGGAAGCAGAAGAUUGAGUUGAGUUGACUAACACAUGCAGCAUAUGUUAUUUUGUUGUGAAAGAGGGAAAAAGGGGUUUGCCAAUUUUUCUGACCCGGCUGCCAUUCCUCUCAGUAUUUUGUUAACUUCAUUUUUGUAAGUGACUUGAUUGGAUAUUUCAACCUCAAUCAAAUCAAUCUUUGGAGUUAGAUCAUAGAUAUAGAUAGAGAUAUGUCAUUUUCUUUCCCAUUUUGUAAAACAUCCUAUUUUUACUAAUACCACUCCAACUCCUACUUUCCUUUA